AUGGACUGCCCGAUCUGCACCGAUCCCUACAACGCCGGAGCCCGGCGCCCGAUGUCGCUGCACCCGUGCCACCACGCCAUGUGCGAGCUGUGCUGCCGUAAAUUACUCCUGAAUCUUCAGGGACGCCCCGCGAAGUGCCCGCAUUGCCGGGUCCUCCUCCGAAGCGCCAGAGACGGCGGGGACGUCCGCGGCGUGCAGGACCUGCUGCCGAACUACGCCCUGUGCGACUACCUCGAGCAAGCUGGCAACGCAGCGGAGGGCCGCGCGGAUCAAGAUGGACAAGAGGCCGCGCCUGCCGAUGUUCAUGCCGUGGACGUGCCAUCGGAGGCACAGGGCGCACCCGUUGCGUCCCCGGCCUUCCGGGCGCCGACGUUGGAGUGUCUGGGUUGCCACGCGGUACUCGGUGCCGACGGUCGCGCAGCGCGCGCUCACAUCAAGACAUGCAUCUACAGCGGCGGGUCGAACCUGACCAUCGCACCGGAGCGCCCGUCAAGCCGGGACACCUUGCUGAUCCACGUGGAGGACUCGGUUCGUGGAGCGAUGCAGCUCAUGAUAGCAUGCAAGCGAGACGCAACCCUCGCUCAGCUGGAUCAACUCCUCCGCACGGUCUGGAUGGCGCCCUGCUGCGACGUUCAGCACACGUCUCGCUUCGUCGUUCGUUCGGGGCAUGUCGACGGUGCUUCGCAGCAGCGCAUCAUCGACAAUGCGUGGUCGACGCCAACUGCCGCGCGGGAGCUGCUGCAGUACGUCUUCUCAAGGGACGAGCGCGCAACGAAUUGCACCGUCGCUAUCUUCAGGGCACCGCGGCUGUCGGAGGCUGUCGCCGCCAAGCUGCAGGACUCGCCAUGCAGCAUGCUUGUUGUCACGAGAAAUCGCCCCCCGGCCCCGCAGUGCCACCGCUGCAGCACGGUGCAAGCCGGCGCCCGCACGCAGGCCCGGACGGCGGACCUCCUCGUCGCGGCCGAGUCGCAGCCGGACGCGCUGUGCCGUGCGGAUCGCGACAGUUUCGUUUGCACUCUUUGUUCGUCGAACUCGGAGAGGUGCUUCCACCUGGACCUGAACAGCCCCCGCAUCGGCACGCACGAGUACGGGCUGCGGGGCUCGGCACACGCCAAUGCGAACGAGGGGGUCGCCGCGGUGCAGCUCUCGCCCCUGCAGGGCGGCGCUGCUGCCGCGCAAAAUGCGGAGGCGCCUGAGGCUCUCCUGUCCAGAAACCUCGGCUUCGACGAGUCGGACCUCGCGCUCGAGACGUUUGCUCCGUACCGGCCGCGCCGUGUGGCGCUCGGGCGCAUGCAUCCCGACCUCGUCGUCGAGUCGUCCACCAUGGCGUCCGUAAUGCCGCCGCUGGCCCCGAUGCAGCACCGGCUGCACAUCAUGCGCGAGGCGGCGCCGGACAGCCUGUCGGAUCUGCAGCUCGAGGCCAUCGUGUACGCCAUGCAGCGGCACAAGUCGACGUUUGACGGCCCCGACGGGCAGCGCGAGCGCUGUGGGUUCGUACUUGCGGACGGCGCCGGCGUCGGCAAGGGACGGACGAUCGCGGGUCUCAUCUAUGAGAACUGGCUCAGGGGUCGCAAGCGCCACGUGUGGAUCUCCGUCAGUCCCGACCUGAUGCGCGACGCAGAGCGCGAUCUCCGCCACAUCGGCGCUGGCCGGAUCCCCGUUCACCUGCUCAACGCCGGUUCGCGUUAUGCCACGGAAGGCGUCUUAUUCAUGUCGUACGCCACGCUGCGUAGUAAUGGACGUGUGGACGAGGUGGUUGAGUGGUGCAAGAGGGGUGGAGAGACCUUUUCUGGAGUCGUCGCAUUCGAUGAGGCUCACAAGGCGAAAAAUCUGCGACCAGAGCAUCAGGACGCGUCUGCGUCCGCUCUGGUCGUGGAUGCCCUGCAACAGCGUCUGCCGAUGGCACGUGUCGUGUACUCCAGUGCGACCGGCGCGUGCGAGCCCCGCCACAUGCUCUACAUGCGCCGCCUGGGCCUCUGGGGCCCUGGGGCGCCGCUGGGGCGCGACGACGCCGCGUUCCUCAGUCAAUUCUACGCCAAGAACAAUCGGCUGAUGGUAAGCCAGGAGCUGCUGUCAAUCGACUUGAAGGCGCGUGGAGUGCUCCUGGCGCGGUCUCUGUCUUAUGAAGGGGCAGACUUCUACAUCGACCGAGCGGAACUCACGCCCGACAUGCUCGAGAUGUACAACAACUGCGCAGAGCUUUGGCAGCACCUACACGACGUGGUGUUUGAACAAUAUGUUUCUACUCUGGUCAUGCUCUGCCGUGCGGGGGAGCAGCAAAGUGCGGAGCAGGGUUCGGCGCGGGGCCGAAGCACCGUCGAUAAGGCAUCGAUCGGCCGGCAGUUCUGGGCCGCGCAGCUAAGGUUCUUCGAGGGGCUGUGUUUCGCCGCGAAGGUUGAGACGACCGUGCAGGUCGUUCAGGACGCCCUGCGCGCCGGGAAGUGUGCCAUCAUUGGUCUCCAGCGGACUGGUGAGGCUGCGCUGGAGGGAGUCGGUGCUGGUCCGCAUCCGCGCAUCAUCUCAGCCCUGCGGCAGCAGCUUGGUGGGUACUUGCAGACGUUGCAGGACGGCCUGACGCUGGCUGCGGAGCGUGCUUCGAUGACCACGGACGACGAAGUCCGGGAGAUGAUGGCGGUUCUGACGGGGCUCCAGGAACGCGCGGCGUCGAUGGAUUUGCCGCCCAACCCUCUCGACGAUCUCUGCGACCGUCUGGGCGGAGUGACGGCCGUCGCGGAAGUGACGGGAAGGCAGAAGCGCAUGGUCAGAACUGCGGAUGGUCUGCAUUUCGAGAUCGCGACGCGAAUUUCAGACAAAGCAGCCGAGCGCGAAGCGUUCCAGCGUGGUGACAAGCUCGUCGCAAUCGUCUCUUCGGCUGGGUCGACCGGGAUAUCGCUGCAGGCGGACCACCGGGAGCGCAACCAGCGUCGUCGCGUGCACAUCACGGUCCAGCUGCCCUGGGCCGCUGAUGAAGCAGUUCAGCAGCUCGGUCGCUCACACCGCGCUUCGCAGGUGUCGGCCCCAGAAUACCACCUCAUCGUGUCGAGCAUCGGCGGGGAGAGGAGGUUUGCGAGCUCGGUCGCGAGGCGCAUACAGUCGCUGGGCGCGCUCAUGCACGGCGACCGUCGGGCUGCCGACGCGCAGUCCCUCGGCGCCCUCAACUGCGAGACGCCACUGGGCCUGCAAGCCGUACGGGACAUCCUGUACGCCGUGCGGUACGGCACGUUCGCUGGCGGGCGAGCCUCCGGGAGACAAUCCCAAGUUGCCGCGGCGCUCGUGCAGCCCCGGGAGUGCCAGCCGGAUUUCCCGCACCGUCUGAACGACGCCGAUUUCUUGGCCGAGUGCCGCACCCUCUUGAUCAAGAUGCGCAUCAUGGAGGCGAGCGGCGGUGCGGUGGAGAACGGUCGCUCUGCGCGUGGCUGGCCGGCGUACUUCGGCCUUGCCGUUACAAGUGACAAAGUCAAGAAUCGGGCGGAUCUCGUCACGACCUUCCUGAACCGCCUGCUCGCCGUCGACGUCGAGGGGCAGGACAUGCUCGCCAGGCUCUUCUUCGACCAGCUCGACGAGCGCACCAGGAUCGAGCAGUCGGCUGGCGGCGGCGACUACGUAGCGCAGGAACUCCGCGGAGAGAGCAUCCGUCUCGCAGCGCCGCCGCAGGAGCUGCACCGGGACGCUCUAUCGGCGGCAUCGACGACCCUGUACCGCGUCGAGGUCGACCGGGGCGUCCCUUUCGAGCGCGCUGCCGAGUUUGUGGAGUUCUGCGGGGAAGACGAGCAGCAGGCGCAUGGCGACCCUGCGCGUGGGACCGAGGAUUCCUCGUCAGACGCGGUCGGGGACACCCCUCCCAACCCCCAACUGCUGUCAGGGUUCUACCGUCGCAAGCGCGCGACCAGCGCGACGGCGACGCUGGACAGCAGCAAGCCGGUGCGGGGUCCGGGGAUCGACAGGUCCCCCGGGGCGCUCGUGGCAGCCGGGUACAAAGCAAGAAUUCCUAGUAUGGCUUUGAGGGCGGGUUUCGAGAUCGUGCAGCCGGGAAACUGCGUCGUCAACAGGUACCUGCACGCGGAGUUCCUCGCUUUGUACGAGAGGGCCGAGGACGACCACGUGAGGGGGGAGUGGGAGCGACAGUGGGCCAACGCUGAGCUGCAACGCACACAGCGGUUUGCGUACGUGUGCGGGGCGCUCGUGCCGAUCUGGCGCGCCAUGCAGUCCGAGCAUAUCAGGAUGAAGCUGACACGAUUCUCCAUCACGGAUCGAUCCCAGCACGUGGGCUCCACAACCCUCCCUGACUCACUGAUUGGGGUUGAGGUGCCGGACGACAAAGUUCGCCCUUUGAUCGAUGCAGUCCGGCGGCUUGGGGACUCCUCGCAGGGGGCGACCGAGCAGGCCGGGUACGAGCACGUGGCUGCGCGCACGGCCAGCGACGCGGGCGACAGCGUCGCGGACGCGGACGACGGGGGCGGCGCAGUCGCGCUCGCGGACGACGACAUGAACAACACCAUGGUUGGGACGCCCCUUGACGACAGCGCUCUGUUGGACGAGGUCCCGCCGCAGGGCGACGCCACGGCGGCGAGCUGCGGAGACGAGCAGCCGCGCGCAGGGCCUGCGGGCGGGCUCGCUGCGCAGGAGGAGAGCGAGGUGGCGGCGCUGAAACGUCAAGUUGCUCAGCAACGGCGCCAACUUGCUGAGCAACAGCGCCGGAUGGACGACAUGGAGCGCAAGAUUGACGACAUGCAGCGCAGGGUGGGGCAGAUGCAGAUCAACGGUCGUCCUGCCAAGAACGAUGGCGGGGCAGGCCCGAGCGGUCUCUGA